UUCCGUCCUCCGUACACGUUUUACGCCAUCUUGAAAUUGCCCCCUCAGUUUGUCAAGUCGUCUUCGCUGUAAUUGAGUGCAAUUAUUGCGACCCACGGCGUCAAAUAUGAACGGCUCACGGAACAAACCUUCCCCGACAGUCGGCAAAGGAUCUGAGGAAGUAGACACGGGCUCGGAGACGAGCCACCGGGAGCGGAAGAGCGGCGGAGGGAUGUUGAAGAAGCUGAAGUCGAGGCGCAGCCAGUCGGAGAAGUGGCCUGUGGUUAGCGAGGAUGAACUCCGGCAGCUGGGCGCAGAUAUCACCCCUGAUCAUGUCCUGGGGCUCCGGGUUGUCACUGAAGAUUAUCUGUGCAAACCAGAGGACAACAUUUACAACAUCGACUUCACACGCUUCAAAAUCAGAGAUCUUGAGACAGGGUCCGUGCUCUUUGAGAUUGCCAAACCUCCCAACGCUGGUCCCCUGGACGCUGAAGAGGGGGGCGGCGACGUGGAUAUCAGCACUGGACGAUUUGUCAGAUAUCAGUUUACACCAGCAUUCCUGAAACUGAGGACAGUUGGUGCCACGGUGGAGUUCACAGUGGGCGAGCGGCCCAUCAACAGCUUCCGUAUGAUCGAGAGACACUACUUCCAAGGUCGCCUGCUCAAGAACUUUGACUUUGACUUUGGCUUCUGCAUUCCAAACAGUCGAAACACGUGUGAACACAUUUAUGAGUUUCCACAGCUUCCUGAAGACCUCAUUCGUCAAAUGGUGGACCAUCCUUACGAGACCAGAUCAGACAGUUUCUACUUUGUGGACAACAAGCUCAUCAUGCACAACAAAGCAGAUUACGCCUACAAUGGUGGUCUGUGAUACCUUCAGGGACCACAUCCAUACACGUCACCUCAGGAGAGAUUGUUGAAACAACUUCUCAGAAAUCUCUUUUACCAGAAACAAAAACCACAUCUGCCUUCAUUUGAAUAUAUGGAUCCAUUCAUCGGAUGGUCAAAGGAUCUGCUUCAUAUUGUCUGUGGGAGUUGUUUCGACAGUUUGGGGUUGGAUGUAGUUGAUCUCUUGCCUUAUGAUAUUGACCGUCUCUGCUGGGAAGGGACACCGACAGUCACAGACCUGGAGGCUGUGCUCAGAGACUGUGAUCCGAAUAUAUAUAGCUUUUAUAUAUUCAGCUUCAUUUCAACUACCUUCUUUUUAUUUUUGGGAGUGACAAUUGUUUCCAUUUUGGAAUGACAAGCAUUGUUUAGUUGUUUUCAGUAUUGGUAAUUUCAGAGGAUGAUGUAGCAGCUGGGAGUGGGAUAUUUGAGUUGGGUCACACGUGACAUAAUGUAAUUUGCAGAAGUGAUUUAUUUUACUGUCCAUGAUCUGAUGUUGGGGGUGAAAUCAGAUGUCCUUUUUUUCUUAGCGCCAUGUACACUUCAUUCACUUGAAUCCUGAUCACUCUGACAUGUGUUCUUGAUUCAGUUGAUUCUAGAAUUGUUCUCAUAUUUUGGUUCUGCACAACAUCAUUAGGGAAAGGAACAGCGGUGGGUUUUGCACAUCAGUGGGAUUUUUAAGUCUAGUGUUUUCUGUGCAAGUGAUGUUAAGUUCAAGGGCAGAGAGACGAUGCUUGUGUUCUUUGUGUGCUGAAAAUGAAACAGCUCAUUCUCUUGGUUAGUUGUUGACAAAUACUUCUUAUCUAGCAUCUGAUUCGUUUGGGAGAAAUUAGAAAUGGUGGUGGCAUAGUUGAUCAAAAUGGAAAUGAGAUGAACAUGGAAAGUUCCGUUUGGAUUGGUCAGUUUUGUACUGCUACAUGAACAUGCUACAUGGAUGAAUUAAGUGGUUUUCAUACCUGUUGACUUUAAAGACAGUGCUUUUGAAUGAUCUGACUUGAGUCAGGUUUCUAAAAGUAAAUUAACUUGAACAAUUUAAAGCAUUAUAUCAGGGAGUUUCGCUCAUCCUUAUUUUCAGUUUUUAAAUGACUGUCAUACUUCGCAUUACUGGAUGAACCUGAUAAUUUAAACUGUCUUGUGGAAACGUUUCUGUCUUACACAACAAAACACGAUUACAUCUUUGCACAAUACGGCUUUGACAUUCCCAAGUCAUUUCAUGCGUUAUGUUAUUUUUAUAUUACCGACUUUCUGUCAAAUGUUGUAAAAAGUGGUAAAUAAAAA